GUGCUUGCGGAAGCCUUAAAGAUAUAUAGGUUGAACAUCCGAACUCCAAAUCCGGCGUCCCAGCAGAAUGUGUCCGAGAGCUUGCAUUUCUCUCCCCUGUAACAGUCUUCUUUACCCACACUCGAGUAUUUCCCGCCAAACCGACGUCUUCAAUUUAGGGUUAGGGUUAGGGUUAAAGAAGAAGAAUUUGCCAAUUCUCCACUCUAGGAGGAAAAAUGUUGGAAUUAAAGCUGUUGAUGGACAAACUAGCGAGAGUUUAUCCUCAUGGGAUGAAAAACCAUAUGAAAUAUCUUCAGAUGAAACGAAGGUUUUUUACGAUGAACAGGAUAUCAUGACUUUUCUUGAUCCUCCGAAGGAACUGAUUCCAUUAGAUCCUUCUUCGUAUAACCCUGCUGGGUAUCUCUGGAAAAAGAUUGAUGAUAUUCCAGAGGAAAGACGACAUCGGCUGCUGCAUUUUCUGAACUCUAGGCUUAUUUCUAGGAUCUGGGGAAUAGCUGGAACACGGUAUGAGGAUUCUAAGCUAGCAAAGAAAAGUGCUUCUAGUUUUUUAUCUGAUGCCUGCAACCUACUGUCACUGGAGUUCUGGAAUUGCCGAACUAGUGGAGGACCUCUUCCUAUUUCUUUGAUAAACUUAUUCAAGAAGGUAAUGUUCUGCAAAGAUGGUGAGACUUUUGGACGUAUACUUUAUGGCGGACCAAUUCUGGGUGGCAUCGCCAAUUCCUAUAGUCCAUUGUACUUCACUGUGAAACAACAUAAAGAAAUAAUGUCAACAGAACAGCCCUGUGAUUUUGCAUAUGAAUUUGGAGAUGGACUAUUGGAUCUUCAGGACUACCCACAAGGCUUUCCUAAAUCAGUAAAACAUCCUUGGCCUUUCAAUGAUCAUGUCGUCGUAUAUGUGCGUAACGUGGGACCCGGAGUAUUGGUAGGGCAAGCAUGGCAAGAAGGAAAAAAACUGGAACAAGUACCUAAGAAGUUGUGUGGUGAAAUUCUAAUGGUUAAAGACUAUUCUAGUAACUUGCAAUGAGAAACCUCUAACCAUUUAAUGAAAAGUUGGUUCAAUAUAUGCUGAAAUUCAGUUUUUACUUUUUAGAGAGCAAUCUUUUUACUGACGGGUGAGCUCAACAAGGAUAUUAUUGUACAAGUCAAGGGCCAAUGCCUGAUAUGUAACAGAUGAGUAGGCUUUAGAGUUUUAGAAUUCCUUAAAAUGAAGUUAUUUUUGGAAUGCAUGUGUUGGUUUUUAACAAAGAACUCUAUUAUUGGGGCUGAG